UUUAUCCCUGUCCUCUCGGCCCCGUCACGUGCUCUGUGUGUUGCAUUGUGUUUUCCGUGGGGGGGGGAGAGCUGCCUGUGUCCGUGAUCAAUGUUGUGACUUCCUCCUUGCGCUGUAGCAGCAUUGGAAACACAGCUGAAGGAAGCCGAUUGCUGCUAGUUUCAAAUUGGCUGGGAAGGAACAAUACACACACACUGGAUUCCGUGCCUCUUCUCUUUGAGAGGGGGGAAGAUGAGCUCGGGGGAUGUUGUUUGCACUGGAUGGCUCAUUAAAUCACCCCCCGAGAAGAAACUGAAGAGAUAUGCAUGGCGGAAGCGCUGGUUUGUGCUCCGCAGGGGCCGCAUGAGUGGGAACCCAGACGUUCUGGAGUACUACAGAAACAACCAUUCAAAGAAACCCAUUCGGAUCAUAGACCUUAAUGAAUGUGAAGUGCUGAAGCAUUCAGGGUCCAACUUCAUCAAGAAAGAAUUCCAGAAUAACUUUGUCUUCAUUGUGAAAACCACCUACCGCUCCUUUUACUUGGUGGCGAAAACGGAGGAGGAAAUGCAGAAAUGGGUGCACAACAUCAGCCAGAUCUGCAACUUCGGACACGUGGAAGAUGGCACAGAUUCUGUGGAGAGCCUGUCUCACACCACCUCGUCCCUCCAGCCCUCGCCAGCUGUCUCCACCCAUACCUCACGGAUCACAGACCCCUCCUCUUCUGUAGGCAGUGCCACCACAGACGCCUCUGCUUCCGAAGAGACCAGGAGUGAGUCGGAGUCAGUCUUCCUCCCCGACUACCUCUUCCUAUCGAACUGCGAGACGGGCAAGUUCAAUCAUAUCAGAUGUGACAGCUGGUCGAAUUCUGACAGAUCCCUGGAGCAGACCUCAUCAGAUGACGUUUUUGUUGAUGCCUUGCAGUCUCAACCCUCCCUUCACGUACAGUCAUCCGGCAACGGCAUCGUACACCAGGAUGGGGGCCAGCCAGCGAAUCAUGGGAUUAUACCCAGAAGCAUAGACGUUAGCGGGCCGUUCAGUGAUGUCUCCUCCUCCUCUCCACUCUUAGGGCCUCCUUUAACACCAACCUUUCAGAUUGAUAAAAGCCAAACCGCGCUGCCCUAUGGCGUAACCGAACUGGAUAUUUUGUCUAACACGCCACCACCCCGGCCACCCAAACCAACCCAUUUCUCAGACUGGAGCGGGGAGGAGCUAUCCAACGGGGCUCUUCAGAAUGGACACGGUGGGAUUUGCAGGGCUCAGAUUGCCUUGGUGCCGAGAAGAAUCUCCUUGUCCAGUUUGGAUAACGUGCGGCACUGGAAAGCCAACGUGGAAGGAAGCUCUCUCAGAAGUCGAGAUAAGAGGCUUAGUUUGAAUUUGCCGUGUCGAUUCACCCCGCUCUACUCUUCAGCAUCGGACAAUACGGAGGACAGCUAUGUACCCAUGCACCCCAGCACCUCUCCACCCAUCCCAGGACCAGAUUGCUCACCCGAUGGCUACACUCCCAUGAGCCCAAGCUCAGUGACCUUUACCUUUCCUGUAGUCACCAAUGACAAACUCUCCAGCCCACUGCCGGAACUUCCCACAGACCUGGAACCACCUCCAGUGAAUCGAGAUCUCAAGCCCCGUAGGAAAUCACGACCCCCGCCGCUGGAUCUGAGAAACCUCUCCACAAUCCGGGAACACGCUACCUUGACCAGGAUGUGGACUGUGCCUUACAAUCGAACGAGCUUUAUCUCUCCAGAUAGAGACGGUAUUAAUUCAGCAAGAAUAUUUGCCAAUUCAGUUUCCGGAGAAGAGGAAGAAAGUUACAUUCAAAUGGAGCACAGCCAGGCAACAUCUCCAUGCAGUGGUGCUUUCCCAUGGUCAAGGAAGUCCAACCUUGAUUACUUAGCAUUGGAUUUUAAUUCCGCUUCCCCAUCCCCUGUACAGAAGAAACCUUUUCUCUCGGAAGAGCAGAGAGUAGACUAUGUCCAGGUAGAUGAACAGAAGACUCAAGCCCUACAGAACACUAAACAGGAAUGGACAGAUGUGAGGCAAUCUAAAGUUUAAAGGAGGAAGGUUUGGGGUUUGGUUUUUUGCACUGGAACAACAUUGUUAACCAAACAGCUGUAACAGCAGAGUUCAAAGGCAGACAGACAGAGUGUAAGAUCCUGGUGGUCUCUAGAGGAAUGACAUUUUCAAGGAAAAACCUUCAAGUUCAGCUGGAAAUACUAUGUUGAAUGAGUGGUUUAUAGGAUUAUCAAAGUAACACGUUAAUCUUCUUUGCCACCCCUUGCAAGCAAGUUACAUGGUACAGUUUUAUGGCCUGAUUGCGGGAGCCACACAUUGAAUGGUAACAAAUGCCACUACAUGUUGCAUUUAUCUAUUUAACCCCGCCUUCUCCCUGUAUUAGGUAACUCCUUGUUGCUAAGGCUGUUUUUUGAUAUUCUAAAAAUACUGCAGGUGCUAAGGCUGCUUUUGGCUUCUGGUGUUAGACAGGUGUUGGUGACUAUUCGACCAAGGGCUAAAAUACUGAAAUAAUAAAAAGCAGAACAUUUUAAUAUAUAUAUAGUGCUUAAGCAAACAGAAUUUUGGAGAAUAUUUCCCUCCCCCAGAUAUAAUGUCUGACUUUGAGUGACACUGUUAGAGACUAUAAAUAGGUCUUUGCACUGAUGGAACUGGAAUGCGUGGUAGUCAGCACCCCGACUGACGUUCAUCAUAUUGAAUUUCUUCUUUCUGUUGCGGUUCACGUCAUCACCUUUUCCGUCCAAUUGCUCCUGAUGUUGUCUCCCUGGUGUGAGGACUUUCUUCGGCACAACACGGCAGCUUCUCUGACAGGAAUCUGCUGACACACAAUUCUUUGCUGGCCAAAAAAAUCAAAAAAGGAAGCGGUGCAUGAGCCUGUUUCUGCAAGUCUUGGAAAGGUUGGCAAAAUAUCAAGACUGUUUUUGUCUGAACUGCAAAAGAAGAAAUGCAAAUGAAAUUCCUGAUAACGGUGAUCGACCCCACCCGAGUGUUUUGUUAGCCUCAUCCUAGCAUCAUGAAUGAGGUAAUUAGGAAACAGUCUUAGUCGAGCACUCAGGUAAUAAUGAGGGAAGGAGCAUUAUUAGGCAAGCAACUCUGCCUAUGUAAAACAGCCACUUAAUACACGUCAGCAAUGUCAAGACAUAUUCAGGAAGCUUAUCUCCUUUGGUGUUUGUUAUGAGGACAAUCUCAGGAUCAGAUAAGUGUAUGUUUUAUAAUGUAUUUAAUUCUAUUAGUUUGCUUAAAAUCCUUAUUUCAAGAUGUGCACAGGCAGUUCAAAUCAAGAAAGUGUAGCACCCUUCAGUUAUCCCAUUGGGUUCAGUCCUGAAGUCUUUACUUAUGCAGAAGAUCCCAUUGGCUUUACCGGGACUACUCUUGUGAGCAAGGACCUCAGAAUCAGGAACUUUAUGAAGGAUUUUCCUUCAUGCUGGAUCCAAAUUCACAUUCCUCCUCCUCAUACCUGCUGAGAUCACACUAUGUUACUGUAAAUUAUUGACAUCCAAAAAAUGCUGAAUUACCAAACUGGGGUUAGAAAAAAAUGUUGUUUAUGUCAAAGAAAUAACUCUGACGUCGUUUCAAGCUUCUGUCCUAUGUUUCACGCAUCCCUCAUUUUGUAUUAUUGUCACACAUUUGGGCCCAUAGGAAGGUUGAAAGCAAUGACUACCUGAUUCUCCCUGUACCACUAGAAGAGGGCAGCUUAGCUGAUGGAAACAUCGUUUUCUCCUACCUCAAGAUAGCUGAAGUGUUUGCAGUUCUUGCUAUUUCAUCAGAGCAAAACACAUUUGUGACUGUGCGAUGAAUGUUUGCCCAGUUUUGCUAGUGAGGAUACAGGGUUUACCUGUGCAUUUAUUGAUGUGGGGGCAAAUCACACAUCCCAGUCUGCAGGCGCAAAGUGUCAUGGAUUAGAGCUGUUUGGAAAAUGGGGUGUUUCCGCCUUCUGCGGAAAAUGUUGACUUUUUGCCUCCCCCCACCCCCAAAUGGCUGAAAAAUUCUGAUUUUGGCCAGAAAAGUAUAGACAAAAGCUCAAUAUUUUCUGCAGAAAGCGCACUUCUGGUGAAAAUUUUAAUUUUGUUGAAAAACCAAUUUUCUGUUGAUAAACAGGUUAGAAAAAGGGAAAUCUUCAACCAGCUUUAUCCUGGAUGCAGUUUUGCUGCAUGAGAGGCAGGAUUCAGGGAGCCUGCCUGUGCUCAGUGGUACAGAGCACACCUCUGUGGAGGCUGGCACAGAUCCGAAGUGCCACACCUACAAAGAGGUUUGCCUUCCUGCCCAAAAGCAUUCCCUUUAUUUUGAGGAGGUAGGCAAGAUAUCAGCCUGUGUCUGUUGGGCUAUGCAAAUGAUGAGGGGCUGAAUGUGCUUUGUGCGUACUGAAAUACUGACAAGGAAACACAAGACCAGGUGAGCUUUACAGCAAGACAGCAGAACCCUAAAGAGCAGGGAGAGGUACAAGUCAAAGCAGGUGCUACCCUAGAAGUGGGAAUGAAAUUGCAUUACACUGCCCCGGCCCCCAAAUGCUUAGUGAUAGCAAGGUAGCAUCUCAGUCAUUUUCAAGUAAAACUUUAAUAAAAACCAUUCUGUGUUUUACUGGAAUAUGUUCUUCCAUGCUGUAAAAAAUACUCUGGAGCAGAAAAAUACAAAGUCAAAAGUUUUAAAGAAAAAUAGAGGGGGGAUGUUUUUCCCCACUCUUCUUAAUUCUUUGAAAUAUUUAAACUUUGGCAGAUGCACUGAAGGGUCACUGAGGAGUCUAGAAAGUGUCUUUUCUGUCAGUGUUUCUGAGAGAUGGGCCCGAACCAUAAACCUGGAUCCGAAUGUCCCUGAACGUGGGUCUAUAUCAGAGGUCGGCCACCUUUCAGAAGCGAUGUGCCGAGGCUUCAUUUAUUCACUCUAAUUUAAGGUUCCGCGUGCCAGUCAUACAUUUUAACGUUUUUAGAAGGUCUCUUUCUAUAAGUCUAUAAUAAAUAACUAAACGAUUGUUGUAUGUAAAGUAAAUAAGGUUUUUAAAAUGUUUAAGAAGCUUCAUUUAAAACUAAAUUAAAAUGCAGACUGGUGGCCAGGACCUGGGCAGUGUGAGUGCCACUGAAAAUCAGCUCGGCACACGUGCCAUAGGUUGCGUACCCCUAGUGUAUAGCUAGUGUCAUUGUACCUCCUGCCUGUGCCACAGCCUGACCCUGCAGUUGUUGCUCAAACAAGGCCGUGCUGCUUUUAACCUUCACUUUUUAUCCAGAAACUAACUUUUCCCCCAUGAUCCAGUGUAGCAAUCCAUUUUCCCCUGAUAUAUGUGGUAACUCUCAUUGGCAUUAACAUGUGGGUAUAAUGUGGGGAAGUGCAAGCAACUGAGUGUGGGUUUUGGUGAAAGUUAAAAGCAGUGCUGACUGCACCUUGAUCACAAUGAAACAUGUCUUUACAAACAACUGGGUUUUUCCUUAAAUGGAGAAUUCCACAAUGUGACAAACUAGAGUAAGGGUGUUAUUUAUCAGUACACUUGUGUAUUAACUUGCUAUUGUUCAAGGUUUCAGUCAGAAUACAGUUGUGCCCCCUUGUAGAUCAGCUACUCCAUCAUAGAAUAUCAGGGUUGGAAGGGACCUCAGGAGGUCAUCUAGUCCAACACCCUGCUCAAAGCAGGACUAAUGCCCAGACAGAUUUUUGCUCUAGAUUCCUAAAUGGCUCCCUCAAGGAUUGAACUCACAACCCUGGAUUUAGCAGGCCAAUGCUCAAACCACUGAACUGUCCCUCCCCCCCAUCUGUUAAGUAGUUGUAAUUACUAUGGCAUUACAGCAGGGGUUCUCAAACUGGGGUUCGGAACCUCUCAGGGGGUCGCAAGGUUAUUACAUGGGGGUCAUGAGCUGUCAGCCUCCACCCCCGAACCCUACUUUGCCUCCAGCAUUUAUAAUGGUGUUAAAUAUACAAAAAAGUGUUUUUAAUUUAUAAGGGGGGUCGCUUAACUCCCAGUUGAGAACCACUGCAUUACAGAGUGUUACUAUGGCAUCAGAACUCUCAGCAUCAUUAUGACCUAACGGCAGGAGAAAAAAGGUAUUACAGUGAAAGAGGAGCUUGUAUUUACUUAAACACACUCAUCGCUGACCCUCAGCCAAAGAGGAGAGGGAAACUGAAAAGCACCUGGAAAUGGAUUUAGCUUUUAACAGUGACACAUCUUUAGUCUCUUAGGGUGCCACAUGGACUCCUUGUUUUUACAUCUGAAAACGUUAUCUUGUCUGAGAAUCCUUCUUUAGUACUAGUUAUGGAACCAGCCAAACCGCAGCUUACUGAAGCACAGAAUGCCUCCUUCCUUAACUGGGGGCUAAUUCUUUAUUAUUUAGUUAUUUUUAUUUAUUUAUUUUUUAAAAAAAAUAAAGAAUACAGAUGAAGAGGGAGGUGUGGCCCUCGGUGGGGCAAUCUAGCUAACAGCAACUGCGGCUGUAAUUUCAUUUUAAAUUGUGUUUUGGGGGGAAUCUGCUUAAGGUGUGGUCCAGCACACAUCCUUCAGCAGUGCCUUAUCCAACCACUCUUUUUUAUUUAAGCCAGAGGGAAGCAUUAGACAACCCUAAUACUUUUGUUUAAUUAUAAAUGUAGCUUGGUUCAAUGGAGCAUUCAGAUGAAACUCAGUAGCAUGGCAAAGUGAAAAGUAAACAAGGAAAGUGGUUUUAGUCCAUGUGCUUCUCAUGAGAGAUCCACGUGGUUGGAAUGUUAUGUUGAUCAGUUGGAUUUUUCCAAGCUAUUGGACACAGCCGAUUUAUGAGCGAGAGCUUUAAUGCCUACUCAUCGGAAAAAGGAAGACUGUUUCCCCUGGUGUCUUCCUUUGCUAUCCCUUAAAGAGGCAGGAUCCCAUCUAACCAGGCACUCGGUGCGCUGAAGAAUCUGCCAUCCCAUUUGUAAAUCUUUGUUAGCGUGAGCUGAUCUGCCUCUGGGAAUAGCAGCCUGAUACAGAAUGGACCAUACAAUUCUAACUCCUUAAUGCAGGUAUUUGGGCCAAACCCUGCUGUUUUUACUCAGACAAAACUUCCACUGACCUCAGUAAAGACGGCAGAUUUGAACUAUUGUUUCUUAAUUUCUGAGAGUAUGUCUGCACUGCAGCGGGGAGGUGUGGGCAGACAGGCUCUCUCUAGCUCGCUAAAAUAGCAGUGUGGAACUGACGGCAGCUGAGGCUAGCCAUCUGAACCCGGAGCCAGGGGCAAAUGGGCUUGGACUUGAGCAGCUAGCCCGAGCUGCUACCAAUGCCGCAAGUUCCACGCUGCUGUUUUUAGCGUGCUGCCUCACGCUGAGCUAGCACUGGUCUGUCUACCUUUGCUGGGAAUCCCACCUCCCAGCUGCAGCAUAGACAUCCCCUGUCUGCUACAAUACAAUACGGCGCUAAUUCAACAAAGCACUUGAACCCCUGCUUAAUCACAUGCUUAAGGCCUUUGCUGAUCUGGGAGGGAUUUAAGUACUUGCUUAAAAUUAAGUUCAUGCUUACAUUCUUUCCUGAGUGGGGCUUAAGCCAUAUUCUGCUGUCUAUUUGUGAUUUGCACAAGGGUUUGCAGGACCCAGGACUCUUUUGCUCAGAAGGAUAAAAUAUAUUUUUCAUUUCUUUCUAAGGCCACCAUCACAUGCAACAGCAUUAAUUACAUUAGAGGCAGAAAUGAGCAUUAUAACGGAAAAAUCUCAACAUGUUUCUAACUCAAGAGCGGUGUUUUCAAUCAGUUCACUUCAGCCAGGGGUAGCGCGCCCUCUCUUCACUGUUGCUAGCGCUGUAAUAGAUGCGGGGUUUGGAACUGCAUUCAUUUUAAAUAAUUCAGUGGGUUAGUAAUUAAAAGACCAUCCGAUGCUGUGAUCAGAAUGACGUGCAGGGCAAGGCCUUUUCUUUGUUCCCCUGUUCUGCAGAAUUCCUCAGGUUAAAAAAAAAAAAAAAAAGUCACCAAAAUAAAAGACUUCUUCAAUUUCAAAGCCAGAGUAUUUGUUGUUCUAGUAAAAUAAAUAAAUAAAUAAAUGAAGUCUUGUGCAAACAAAGCAUUACACUUUGUAUAUGCAAAUCUUUGGAAAAGCAUUAAAACAGUCAUCUCUGGUAUGAAGGAUUAAAAGUCAUUAAACAGAGGGGAGUGACUCUGUCUUCCUGCUGUUUCAUUGUGAUGUUUGUUGUAUAUAUUUGCACAUUAAACUGUGUUCCUUUUUUUUCUAAUAAACUAAGAUAAAAUGUAA